AUGGCGGCUUGCAGCUCCUGCGUGGAACCUGUUACGGUGCAACCAAUGGCAGUCCAGCCAGUGCCAGUGCCCAAGCCAGUGGCUGUUCCCAAGCCCAUGGUGGUCACAAAGCCAUUGGUUGCCGCCCACCAACCGGCUAAAGCUCACCAGCCGCUUCCAAAAGCUCGUGGUCGUCAACUUCGACUGGUGGCAACUCCUGUGAAAGCAUCAGAGCUAAUUGCAGAAGCAACAGAGGUGCUGCAAGGGCGACCGAACUCCCAAGCUUCGGGCCAUUCAUCGGCACCUACGCCAUUGCCCCGGAAGCCGAACGAAGAUGCAUCGGGCAGUUCCUUCAGGUCUUCAACAGCUCGAUCCCGAUCACAGGGCGCGAAACAGCCAGCUAUGUUCGCCAGAAUAGAAGGCGUGGCGACGCAAAUGCAGCAGGAGCUUGAUGAGGUAAAGGCCUUCUUUGACAAUUGUUGGGAUGCAGAGCACAAGGACAAGCCCUUUGACAUCCCAGAGCCUUCGAACCCACCCGUCCAGCCCCAGCGUGUUGUGCAUCCGCAAGUCCGGCCACCACAGGAGCCCUGCACAAGCAGCGGCUUCAGCAGCCCCACUGGCGAUGCCACACUCAGACACCCAGGCCAAAGCACGCUCAACCCAACCCUCGUGUAUACAACGGUCCGGCAUGCUCCACUGGCGACACCAAACUGGCAGUGGGAACUGCAGAACCGCAAGUGGCGCGCCAACGCAGAGCACAUUGUCAAGUUGGAGUCCGACUGGGCGCAGCGUGUCAAGGAGGUGGAAGAAGCAGCUUCUCGUUCUGAUGAACGAGCUCGCCUUGCUGAGGAAGCCCAUGGCCGCUUGCUUCAAGCAAAAGCCGACCUAGCGGACGAAGCAAAGAUUCGAGAAAGGCAAUUGAUGGCAGAGGUCGCAAAGCUGAAGGAGGAGCAUCAAACAGCUCUGGAGGCUCAAGAUGCCAGUUUGAAAAGGCACCAGGAUGAGAGUUCAGACCUUGAGACAGAGCUCCAAGGUCUCCGCGAAGAGGUCAAGGCCUUGGAGGAUGAGAGAACGCAGAUUCUCUCUGAGAGGGAUGUGCUGCGAGAGGAACUGGGCUCUGCUUCCAAAAGCCUUGAGGCGCAGCUGCAGCAUGGAGUGGAGCUGAAGAACGAAUUGGCCAAGUUGCACUCCGAGCUGGAUGGUCUCAGAGAACGAAGGGACGCUCACCAGGAUUUGGAGCAGAAAUAUCGACAUCGCAUCGAAGAGCUGCAGGCCGGCUUAGCCACAGCGCGGCAGACGAUCGAGGCCCAGCAGGCUGAAUUGAUGCUUGGGAAGAGCUCCAUGACAACACUGCCGGCUUCAGAGCAGUUGAACCAUUCAUGCACAGACUUGGAUGAAUCUGCUGAAGUCCAUCAAGCAAUGCAGAGAGCUAUGGAGCAACUGCAAAAUGAGUUGGCAACAGAGCAAACUGUGGCAGAGGAUCAGCGGCGCCUCUCCUCGCAUUUGAAGCAAAAGUUGCUCACAUUGGAGGAGGAGCUGGGACAGUCUCACAGGCACUGUGAAGAGCAAACAGGCCGCGAAUCCAGCCUCAAGAGACAGCUAAGUCAGAAAGAAGCUGCUUUGGCAAAGGCGAGGCAGAAGAUUCAGACCUUUGAGUCUCUGAACAAGGACCUGGACCAGGCUGUUGCAGACCUCCAAUUGGAUUUGGCAGGAACAAAGAGUCGUGAAGAAAGCCAUCAAAGUCGCAUGUUUGCUUUGAAGCAGGAGCUCAGUGAGAGGGACUCAGCAUUGCGCGAUCUGAGGAGAAAAGCGGAGGCAUUGCAGGAGCGCAAGCAGCGUGCAGAAGCAGAAGCCAAACAUGCACGCGAGGAGCUCCUGCUGUCGCAGCAGGCCUGCGAGGGCUUGCAAGGCCGCAAAGCUGAUUUGGAACAACAGGUGGGUGGCUUGGAAAAAGAAUGUGGCAAAAUCCCAGAGAUGUCAUUGGCAAAGGAUGAGUUGGAAACCUCCCUCAAGAAGCAAAUAUCCCAGCUGGAAGAUGAGCUGGCUAAAGUGAAGCUAGCUCACGACAGUGACCAGCUCGCAAUAGCAGCGUUGCAGCAGCAAGUGGUCGAGUUAGAGCGAGAGUUUGGCAUCAGGCAAGAAGAGCUCGACAGUCAUGUCGCUUCUGGUGCAGCACUGCAAGCACAGACAGCAGCACUUGAGAAGGAGCUUUGCAAGACAAAGGAACAGCUUCAAGAAGCUUCCAGCGAACAGUCUGCUUUGCAGCAGGCCUUGGAACGGCAGUCAGGCAUCGAAAUAGAGUUGCAUUCCAAGGCCAGUAGCCUGAAAGCUGCCCUGGAUGAAGCACAGGAAAGGCACCGCAGUGACACCAGCAAGAAUCUGGCAUUGGAACAUGAGGUGGCUCAAUUGGAAGCCGAAGUUUCCACCCUGCGGAUGUCUGUCAAGAGCCUAGAAGACAAAACUGCUGCGCAAGAUGAAUCCCAUCAGAUGCAACUGGCUGAAGGGUUGCUAUUGCAAAACAAAUUGCAAGAGGCAAGUGCUCAAUUGGCUCAAGCCAUGAUGACUGAAGAGAUGCAGCAAGAGUUGAUCUCCCGGCUGCAGGGAACUUUGAGGUCCUCGGAGGUUGACUUGUCCCAAAAUCGCACCGACCUCGCAGCCCAGGAGGCUUUGAAGUCACGUUUGGAAGAGGAUUUGGUUCAGCUCCAGACUGAUGCAAGUCAGGGCCAGAAGCUGAUCAAGGAGCUUCGGGCACAGCUCAGCAAAUCAGAGGAUGAGCUCAGUGUGGCCAACACCGCCUUUCAAACUUUGCAGAGCAUGGAAACCGAGCUUCGAAAACAACUUGCUCAACGAGACCAUUUGGUCUCGGAAUCUCGCAAUGAGUUCAAGCUGCAAGAGUCAUUGGCGAGCCAGUUGGAGGAGCGGUUGAAAGAGACCAUGUCAGAGCUCUCUACUGUCCGAAGUGAGUUCUCUUCACAAGAGCAUCGAAUGUUGCAAUUCAGCAAUGGAUUGGAAUCCUCACAAGCCAAGCUGUCUGAAGCCGAAUCCCAAAUUCAACAGCACACGGCAAGAGAAAUUGAGUUGGAGCAACAACUGGCGAUGCUGGAUAGCUCAUUAGCUGCAGCACUCUCAGACAACGAGCUCCAAGCAUCAGCAAAGGCAAAGUUGGAAAGGGAUACUGAUGAACUCCAGUCUAAGCUGGCAGCGGCUGUGCAAUCGGGAGACCUGCAACGCCAAGAGCAGCUUGCGCUCGAGGAACAGCUGGGUGGGCUCCAAUCUGAGCUUGAAAACGUGAAAGGACUUUGUGACACUCAGAAGAACUUGAAAUCCCAACUAGAGGAGCGACUGAAAGUGACAGAUGCAGAGCUUUCUGGAGCGCUGAGUAACGCAAAGGCUCAAGAGAAACUUGCCGCUGAGCUGAAGCAGUACUUGCAGAAUGCUGAGAGUGAGUUGGUGGCAGCUAACAUUGAGAUGAAGGAUAAAGAGGGUGUCAUUGUGUCCUUGGAGAACGACAGCAAAGAGGCCAAGGCUCAGGUGGAGCUUCUCUCGACGAAGCUCCUUGAAAGCCAGCAGGUUGUUGACAGCCACAGUGAUCGGGCCGCAGAACUACAGAUUCGUAUAUCAGGUUUGGAGGAGGAGCUGACCUUGGCUCGAAAAGAGGGAGAAUCCUUGCAGGGAGCGGAAGCCGAUUUAAAGGCGACACUGGCGCAGAAGGAGUUUUCCUUGCUCGAGGCUUUAGCGAGCUCAGAGGCACGCAGAGCCAAUGAAGCGGCACUGCGAAGUGCCCUACAGAAUCAAGAGAAGCUUUUGGCAGACGAACGAGUUGCAAAAGAUACAGCCGAGCGGCAACUGGUGCAGAGCGCCACUCAAUUGGCAGAAAUGCAGGCAGAUCUGGCUGAGAUGCAAAUGAGUCGAGAUGAGCAGAACAGUCUGACUCAGACUUUGCAGUCCCAGCUGAGAAGUAGCGAGGUCGCAUUCAACGCCAAGCUGGAGGAAACUGCUCACUCUGAGUCCACCUUGCGAGAGAAAUUGCAGGAACUAUCAAGCCAGCUCAAUUCCAAGCGCAAGCUUCUUCCAGAUCGCUCGAAUGCAGAUGCAGAGCCCGAGAAUGAGUUCCAGCAGAAGGUCUUGGAUAUCCUUGCGUUGGUAGCUGAGCGGUUGGAGCUUGACAUCGAACUCCUUGCUCGAGAACUGGUGCUGCUUCGGGCUUCCGGAGCACUGGACGAAGUGCCGUGGUCAGUGGUCAAGGCUCUUGCCACCUUCAGCGGCAUCAUUUUGCCCAGGGAUGGGAAGGAAGAGCCAUUUCCCAUGCAUUGGGCAGCUGACCAUGGAAGGCGGGAUAUCAUGGAAUUUCUUUUGCGGUACCCAGCAGGGGAAGAUUUGCUCCUACAGCGAGAUAGCCAUGGACGGAUUCCUCUGUUUUAUGCAGAACGGGCUGGCAAUGAUGCUUUGGCCUUGUACUUGCGAGAACAUGGGCCAGACCUCCACCCACAGGAGCCAACACUUCAGCGCCCAUCCAGUGCCAACAUUCCAGCAGCCUACGAAGAUGUCAUCAAGGUAGUUGAGGAGAGAGGCUGGCAUGCAGUAAAUUGGAUUGAAGGAUUUACAUUGUUGCAUUGGGCAGCUGAGAAAGGUCUUGCCGACUUCUGCCGGUACUUUGUUGCACUGAAUGCAGACCCCAAUGCCACCGACAGCCGGGGGCGGACAGCUCUUCAAUGUGCAACCGAUUCCCAUCAAAAUGACGCGGAGCUCGUGCUCAGGGAACUAAUGGGUUUGGAAACGCAGCCUUGCAGCAGAAAUGCGAAGAUCAAUGAUCCGAACAAUCAUGUUUGGCCAGGUUUUCAAAAGAUUGACAGUAAAUAUAAAUGA